AUGCAAUUUAUGGAUAUCGCAAUCACUUCAUUACAAUGCACACGUACAUUAAUACUAUUAUCCACGAAAACUUUCAAUAAAGAAUCUACCACAAAAGCUUCAGUUGAACUAAGUAACCGAUUUACCAAAGUUCUUAUACCAGAAGUUGUUUUGUUUUUAGAAUCAUCCAGAGAUUUGAUUGAAGAUAUCAAUGAUUCAAAAGUUGUUGAAGAAAAAUUAAAGGUUGUUGAAGAGGCAAUUAAAACAUUAUUAACAAUGAAUAAUGUAACAAAUGAAUCGCAUAAAUCGAUAAUACUAGCAAUUAUAUUGCCGACAUUAAUCCACUUAUUAGCAGACCCACCACUAGAUUGUUAUUUAUCCACUACCACCACUCCUCAACAAAAAUCAUUACCACCUUUGCACAUAUUAUCCAUGACAAACAUAUUAUCGUUGGCUACAUCACAAUCAACGUAUUUUAAAGAUGCUGUUAAUUUAUUAUCGCCAGAGCCUAAAUCAAAAUUAGAAGCAGCUAUAAGAUUUAAUGUUUUGUUACAACAAGAACAAAGAAAAUUACAUGAAGAACGCGAAAAAAAAAUUAAUGAUGAGGUUGGAUUGAGUAAAGGUCCCAGUAUUUCAUUGAAAAAUGAUUUUUCAGGAUUUUCUUAA